ACGUACACACGCACGAGCAGGAAUUAACGCGCAAGUUUGCAUUGAUUUUUUAGGUACAGCAUCCAAACGCUUUGGGUCUCUCCACAUUUUGGCAAUUAUAAAAAAACAGACAAAUAUUCAUGUGCCGCUUUUUCUCAUUGAUAUUAUAGAGUAGCCUAUACUUGAUGGACACUAUAGACGGGCAUUUAAACUUUUUGAAAGCCAAAGAGUUAUAAGGGACAUAAAAGAAGUCACUUUAUUUCCAUUCAACGUUUAAAAAGACGGCCCCUAAAAGGAUGCUCAAGCUGACGCGGAGUCGCUGCUUUUGGAUGUCGGCGCUGAUGAUCACGGCAGUGCGGAUGGGAGGAACUCAAGGGAACGACACCGGAGCCCACGGGAACUCCAUCAGAUCACUGGAGCCGCUGAGCUCCGCCACUAACCGAUCCGGCGCAUCACACAGCGGCAUCCCGAAGAAAGGCAAAAUGCCCGCACAGGGAUACCCAUGCAGCAAGGAUCAAGAGUGCAUGGUGGGCAGUUACUGUCAAAGUCCACAACAUGCCCAAUCUCACUGUAUCACCUGCCGCAGGAGAAAGAAGCGUUGCCACAGAGACGCCAUGUGCUGCCCUGGCAACCGCUGCAGCAACUAUAUAUGCAUCCCCAUCACAGAGAGUGUAUUGACCUCACAUAAAUCACCUUUGGAGGAGCAUAACAAGCUUUCUAUCAAAGACAAAGGCUGGAGGAGGAAUGGGAAAGCUCAAGCCAAGAUCUCUCUUAAAGGUCACGAGGGCGACCCUUGCCUGCGUUCUUCCGACUGCUCGGAGGGCUACUGCUGCGCUCGUCACUUCUGGACAAAGAUCUGCAAGCCAGUGCUGCAACAGGGUGAAGUGUGCACAAAACAACGCAAGAAAGGUUUGCACAAUCUGGAGAUUUUCCAACGCUGUGACUGUGCCAAGGGACUUGCCUGCAAGGUGUGGAAGGAUGCCACCUCCUUCUCCAGGUCCAGACUUCACGUCUGCCAGAGGAUCUGAGACGGCGGACCCCUGCAAAUAAGCUGCAGCUUGGGGUCCGUGAGUCCUGCUGGCAAGAACUCCUCUUUCUAUGACUUACUCAGCUGUGAUAUAUGGAGAAACGAUGAUAUACAGAUGAAUGUGUACCAGAACUGGGUGGGUUUGGGAUGGGAAUGAACCAAUGCAAUGUAUGCUCAAACACAGCCAUUGGGGUAGCUCUCCUGGCCUCUUUUUAAAAAUGUUUGCUGCACAUGUUUCACAGUACCUAGGUGUAAUGAUUUGAAAGCCAUAUUUAUCACUAAUGUCUCGCUUCUAUUAUUUCAACAUACUGUGGUAUCUUAUUCAGGGCUGGACUGGGAAGAGAAAUCAGCCUGGGACUUUACCUAGAAACUGGCCCAAAAGUUGUCGAGUGGGGGUGGGGAUGAUUGGCCAAGGAUUUUACAUAUUCGGCAACUGGCCCAAUAACACGGCGGAUCAUUUUAGCUUAUCGCAGCCCAUUCGGCCAGCACACCGGCCUGCUUGGUUCUCCAAAUAGCCAGUCUGCCCCUGAUUGGCCCCAAAGUGCGUCGGCCCACUGGAAAGAUGCCCAGUAUGCCAUAUGACCAGUCCAGCCCUGAUCAUAGUCCUCUGAUUUCGUCAUUUAUUUGCACAUGCAUUUUUAGCACCUAAUUCAGUACAAGUAAUUAAGGCAAAUCAGAUCAGUUUGCAUGGUCCAAUUUCACAAAUGGGCCUUAAAAUAAAAAUCCUUUCCAUGACAAUAGCGCAACAUUAACUGCACCAGCCAAAUAGUGCUGACGUUUGUGAAUAAGGCACGAUCUACAGUAUAAUAAAUCUAAUGUACAUAGAAAAGAGGCGUGUAUGCACUUCAUUGGCGCAGUUGUUUUCCAGCCCAUUUAAAACCUGAUUAUGCUGAAUUGUGGAUGGUUAGUGAAUAAGAUACAAAAACGUUCCGCAAAAGUAGUUUGUGCUACUGUUUAGCGAAUUUGCCCCUUAAUGAUAGAUAUAAACAUUAGAAAAAUAGUUUUAUUGGAUUCUCAGAGUCAUGUACAUUAUCCCAGACUGGGGGAAGGCAAAGACGGGCUUUAAAUGGAGGGGUGAAGCUCUGCUAUUGGCCAUCAAGAUAAGACUAACCAAAUCCAUAUUUUUAGAGUCAACCCCGGAAAGUGCCAAUCUCUAGAAGAGCACGUAAUGUAAUGGGUUUUACAAGCAGUGUAUAAAGUUACCUUUGUCGUCGCUGUUGCUGGCGAAACGUUAGUGUACUUAGUCCACGUAGGUGAACAUAAAGCAAAGCCCUUGUCCUAAAUACCAGACAUCUAACCCUCUGAAAGUGCACUUUGAGUAUGAUUGUACAAAGUAUGAGAAAGAUAAUAUGUACAUGGCAACCAAACAAUUUUUUUUUUAUGUAAUAGUAAAAACACUUGCCUGGGAAAUAUGAUCAUUUGUUUGAAUUUAUUCAUUUCGCAAUAGUUUCUAUCAGAUUUAUUUAGUCAGAAAUACUAAAUCGAUUCUGAUUAUCAAGGGAAGUUGUUUACAAUGAGAGCGGUGUUCAGUGAAUGUUCAGAUAUUAUAAUGUGCUUUUUUAAUUAUGAUUUUAUGAAUCAUAUUCAUUGACCAUACUGUUUUGUGUGUUAAGUAUUAGUAUUUUUCCAAGAUCCACAAUACAAUUUAGCUAAAAUACAAAAUAUUCAUAAAAACUGAUAAGCUUUUAUAUUGUAAAUAACAUGCUAAGAUUUCAAAAUGUAUUUAAAUGCAGUUGUAUAUCAUGUAUAUAUUGAUGAGAAAGGAACUCAUGAAUAAAGUUCCAUAAAGGCUUAAAACACGUUUUUUUUUUUUAUUUUACUUCCGACGUACUUUUUUAUAUUCUAGUGUGAGAUCCAUGUAGUCAGUCUCUAUAUGUUUACACCACAGAUAUGAAAAUAGCCAUGCAGAACUAUUACUAUUAAAUUAUUUUCAAAUCAUAUUUCUUAUAAAGCUCAUGUGUUUUUUUUUUAUUUGAUAUUUCUGCCUCAAUGUGUAUUUACAUUGAUUUAC